AUGGCGAGCACCCUACGCCGCCGAGUCCCCGGCAACGAUUCACCCUCUGAAACGUCAACGCCCCGUGAUGAGAGCCCCGACGAACCCGAGAAGGCCAGCGACAAAAUUAAGACGGUUCAUCACCACCGGCCGCAGACGCGCAAACGCAGAAACACUGCUAUUUUUUUGCUCGGCAGUUUGUUUGGGAUCAUCGCUGCGGGUUUCUUCGCUCAGAGCAAUGACUUGAUAGAUUUCCCCGAGAUUGGGGAGCUGAGCAUGGAUAGUUUUUUUGACGUUCUUCCGGCGGGGUUGGUGAAGGAUAUGCGGGAGCUGGUCAUCGGCGAGCGCGACUCCCUCGAAAGUUACGACGCGUUUUCCGUUGGCAUCAAGGCGCGCUCCGAAGGCCUCACGGCGCACCACCCCAUCGUCAUGGUUCCUGGUGUAAUAUCUACCGGCCUCGAGUCCUGGGGAACUUCGAACGCCUCGCUCCCCUAUUUUCGGAAACGGCUAUGGGGCAGCUGGAGCAUGAUGCGGGCUCUGGUCCUAGAUAAGGAAACAUGGAAGACUCAUGUCAUGCUGGACAAGAAGACUGGCCUGGAUCCUCCCGGGAUCAAGUUACGCGCGGCACAAGGCUUCGACGCCACCGAUUUUUUCAUUACGGGAUACUGGAUCUGGAACAAAAUUCUUGAGAAUUUGGCGUCGUUGGGCUACGAUCCGAUAAAAACAUACACGGCAGCAUACGAUUGGCGCCUGGCCAUGAGUAGCCAAGUUGUGUUUUAUUUCUUCCAUAGAGUCGCCUCGAAACACGGAGGUAAUGAGAGCGAUGAUUGGGUCGAGAAGCAUGUUGAAUCGUGGAUUAACGUCAGUGGAUGUAUGCUGGGGGCGCUCAAGGAUGUUACGGCCAUCCUCUCCGGCGAGAUGCGUGACACGGCGCAGCUGAAUGCCUUUGCUGUUUACGGGCUUGAGAAGUUCUUGAGCAAGGCUGAGCGGGCCGAAAUCUUCCGCGCCAUGCCGGGUAUCUCCUCCAUGCUUCCGAUAGGAGGCAGCGCCAUCUGGGGUGACCACAACGGGGCGCCAGACGACCAGCCUGACCAGGAGCAUACCUACGGCUCAUUCUUAAACUUUCGGACCGGCCAAAACUGGACAACUCCUGACAGAAACUUCACCGUGAACGACGCCAUGGACUACUUGCUCGAUACUUCAGAGGACUGGUAUAGGGAUCAAGUGAAGGGGAGCUACUCCCGGGGCGUCGCAGAAACUACUGCCGAAGUCGAGUCCAACGAAGACGACCAUAGGAAAUGGAUCAACCCCUUGGAAACUCGGCUUCCCCUUGCGCCUAGCCUGAAGAUCUACUGCUUCUAUGGCGUGGGCAAACCCACGGAAAGAGGGUACUACUACCGCUCCCCCGAACCUGGCUCGCUCACCAAUCUAAACAUGACAAUCGACACGGGCCUGUCCCAGGGCAUGGUCGACCGCGGCGUUGUUAUGGGUGAAGGCGACGGCACGGUUAGUCUUAUGAGCACAGGAUACAUGUGCAACAGCGGGUGGAAAAUGAAACGAUACAACCCGGCGGGGGCCAAGAUCACGGUGGUUGAAAUGCCUCACGAGCCGGACCGUUUUAAUCCCCGGGGCGGACCCAACACAGCGGAUCAUGUCGAUAUCCUGGGUAGACAGAAUCUCAACGAGCUCAUUCUAAAGAUUGCCGCCGGCAAGGGGGAGACUAUCGAAGAUCACAUCAUCAGCAAUAUCCGCGACAUGGAUCCGCUGUGA